UUCAAGGACGAUGUUGGAUUUAUCUAUGGAAAACAUUUCAAAAUUAUCAUCAUGGGAUGAUCUGGUUAUUUACUUUGGUAGAAAUAGUGUUUAACAAGAUAUUUUAUGUUGUCAUUUGGAAACGUUCAAGAUAAAUUUUUUAAUAUGGACAAAGAACAAAUUGUGAUUUUGGCCGGAGUCACAUUAUGUGCUCUCAGCAUUGGUGCAUUUAUUUUUUGGGGCCCUAAUCCUAGGCCUAGGAGGCGAGGUGCCAUAGUGGGUCUGCAGAACCUAGGUUUCACCUGUUUCCUCAACACGCUGUUGCAAUCAUUGGCGUCCUGUGUACUGUUUAUGGAUUGGCUGGAAUCAUGCAGGGAUCAAGGGAGAGUUGCAUCCACACUCCACUAUCUUCUAAAAGUGUUGAGCAGUGAGAGAUCAAAGCUGCCUGAGAGCGUAGAGGAUCCGCUAGACCCGACAGAACUGAUUGUGGCACUCCUAGAACAUGGGUGGUCCUUCGCCAGUGGGGAGCAGGAUGCCCACGAGCUUUACCAUCUAUUAAUGACGACUCUGGAAGAGGAGGCUCACAAGGCCAUACCUGUUGACGGAGGCCUGUUGGACUCGCUGGAGCCUCAGCCAGAGGAGAAGAUGCUGCCUGAGUCACCUGGAGACAUGUCCGAGAACAGUCACGUCCAGUCCAACCAUGUGCUGAACCAACCGUCUGGUGACUCAAUGGAACAGACCCCAUCGCACUCCUCUGAAACACCAUGCCUCUCUGAAUUCAGGAUGGUCAUCAAGCAGGAAGACGUAUUCACGAGGAAGGCUAUGCCCAAAUAUGACUGCAACCGUAACUACCAGGCUUCUCCAUUCUGUGGUCUUCUUACUAGCCAGCUGCAGUGUGUUACGUGUGGCUUUAAGUCAGUACUGAAAUACGACAAGUUCGACAGUCUGUCUCUGCACAUGCCGGAGGAGGAGCGUCUGCGAUACACGCUGACUGAGCUACUAGAAAACUUCACACGUACGGAGGCGGUAACUGGUGUUGCGUGUGACGGCUGCAACAAGGGCCGAGACCCAGACCUCCCUGCUGUCACAGCUACCUCACUCAAGUCUGUCAGCAUCGGGAAGUUGCCGAAGUCACUGUGUUUUCACGUCCAUCGAAUGUCCAUGGGUAAAAACGGUGAUCCGUACAAGAGGAGAGAAUACGUACUCUUCCCAGAGUUCCUAGUCAUGGACCGGUACACCCAAAACUCAAUCAUAAAAGAACAGAAGAUCAAAGAUGAAAUUCAAUCAGCAGAUGAAGACAAAGAGAUUUCCAUGCCAAGCUUUACCCCUCGUGAGGAUGGGUCCUGGAGCCACCUGUAUCGACUGAAGGCGGUGGUAGUACACAGCGGGACCGUGAAGAGCGGCCAUUUUGUCACCUACAGGCGUGGCCCUCUCAACUCAAGCUCUCGACACAGGUCUGACAGGUGGUACUUUACAUCAGACGAGGUGGUGAAGGAAACUACGCUGCUGGAGGUGUGUCAGGCGGCCGCGUACAUGCUCUUCUACGAGAGGUCCGCUGUUUCCGCUACCUGAAUCUCACUCACUUGAGAAUUUUAGAGAGUAACAGACUGUGAUUAGAAACUUACGUUGGAGACUUCUACCUGACAACGCAUACUUCCUUGUGUACCGUUUAUUUUUGAUAAUCAAAAUAUAUCGAUUGCAGCAUAUUCGUUUUUGUAAUUUAUUAAGGUUUGAAAAUAUUUAAGAAAGUGUUAAUAAUAUUUUUAAUGCUUAAGUUGACAUUGUAUAUUUAUGUUAAAGAUGUAUUCAAUUCUGUAUAAGUUUUUUUUUAUCUGCUUGCAUAACAAGAAAUACUUUAGAUUAUAAUUGUUUCAAUAUUGUAUGAUUUGUUUUCACCAGACUUUAAAGCUUAAAUUAAGUUAGUGUAUACAACAGAACAGAAACAAUGACAAUGAAAAGUUGUACUUUUCAAAGGACUUGUCGUUUGAUUUGACCAAAGAGAUUUUAGGAAUAUAGUUGUUAUGUUUUAAUGAGCUUAUCGUAGUACAUCUUGGAACUGAGUUUCCUCCUACACAAAAGAACAAUAAUAUUUUCUGUUAGUUAACAGUAGUAAUAAGGUAUCAGUUUAAUUUUUAAAUUAUACUAUAAAUUCCCAUUUAUCUAGGAAAGUCAAAAGAACAAUGACCACAGGGUUCCAAGUAUUUUUUUUUAAAAUGAGUUGUUUAAGCCAGAAAAUACUACGUUGAGACUGAUAUGAGUAUGUAUCUCAAUGUAUGUUAGGUUAUUUUUUCCACAAAUCAAUAAGGAGUUAACAUAGAAAUGUAUCACAGUUAUUAAAUUAAGAAAAUACUAUUGUGUUAUCUUACAUUACUUGUUGAUUGUAUUACAGUUUGCUAAGAAAUAAAACUACUUAUAAAAACCAAAUUUUGUUCAUGUAUUAGAAACAAUGUUUAUGGUGUAUAUUUUUAUAUUGGUUGUCAAAUAAUGCUGUAAAAUCUCAUAUGUCACAUUACAAGUAUAAUAUGCCUUGCACAAUAUACAAAUCUAGCUUGAUUUAUCUUUCUCCUUUAUUUUUUACCCAAACUAGAAGAUUGGGGCAAUAUAAAAAGUACUUCGGCCAGUAACAGAAUUUCUUGGGAAACGAUUAUUAUUUUGUAAGUUUAUCACCGUUUUAGUUGUUGUUGACGUAUAUUUAUAAUUAUAUAAUCAAUGAUUUCAUUGCCUAAUAAAAUUAAAUGAUGAUAUGCUGUUGGUGAUCAAUAUCGAUCGAUAAAGACCAGCUGAUAUUAUAUCAUAGAAGUAAUUGUUGAUGUGAAUUACACAUUUUUGACUUUGCAGGCCUUAAUAUUGGUUUUAACCUCUAUGCAAAUUAAAGAGUAUUAUAAUGUACUAAAACAAUAAUUCCCUGGCAGUGUGCUGUGUCAAUGUUAACAGCUUUUUUCUCAAUUGGUUUGGAACUGUGCUCUUGGUACCCAAAAUUGUUUGUCAUAAUACUUUGUUGCUUGCCAAAAAUUGUUCAAAAUAUAAAAAACAAGUGUUUAAAAAUUACAUUAUGUUUAAUAAUAAUAUUCAAAUCUUUAUUCGUCUUUAAUCAUAGCACAUGUAUACAAUUGACUUCGUCAAAAUACUUAUUAGUAAUAAUUACAGUUAUUUCACAAAACCACUCUAAAGUUUAAAAUGUCAAUAAAGUAGAAGAUUUAACCAGAAUAAUAAAUUAAUAAAUAAUUUUUUAAACAGUUUUCAUAUCCACGAAAAUGUGACUUUUCUUAAUUUUGUUUCUAGUCUAAUUGGUGAUAAGUCAAGUUUAUACAAGUUUCCUGUAAUAUAGUUGACUUUAUUCCCUGUAAUUUGAUAUUCAUUUAAAUCUUCUUUAACUUUCAGUAGACAAUAAAAAGUAUAAAUACAAGGCCAUUUGAGUGAACAAAAAAGUCUUCUUUUUACAAGUAAUUUCAGUAUUUUACAGCAAAAUUGAAAAGAAGGAAAAUCAGUUUCAGGAUUUCUCCGAAGUUGCAUUAGUCCACUACAUCUUGCUUUGUAAUAGUUAAUCCUGUUCUGUUGGUAAGUAGUUUAUGAACUACAUAAAGAUACGUGCACAUGUAUCUUAGUCCUUGAUGACUAUCGAUAUACAAUAAUUACUGGAUUGUUGAGAUAUGAUGAAAGAACAAAGAGAACGAUCUUCCCUGUGGA